CCAAAACAAAGCACACAUUUUCCGGCCGUAGCCGUAGCCUGCUGCCGUCCGGGCCAUGGCAUCUAGAGCUGCCUUCUUCGCGUAUUUGCUCACUGUGCAGGCCUCCUGCUUCGUGUCGUUCAUUUUGCAGUUGCUGGGAGUUCAAGUCUCGCACGGCUGGGUGGCGGCCUGGUUGCUGAAGAUCUUGGGCACACGCUUUGGCACCGCCAUCAACUCCAGUGAGGUGCUGGAUGCAGCUAGCCCCGUGGUCUACUUGAGCAAUCACAGGAGCUGGGGCGACUUCUGGACGGACGCGGCCUUGUUGGGCGGACCUUCCUUCAUCUCUCGCGCACUGGUGGCAGCUGGGAUUCCCUUCACCGCCGUUUGGGGUUCUACAUCUGGGUGGCUCUGGUUCUUCGCGCGUGGAGCAACGCACAAAGAGGGCGCCGUCGCAUGGAUGAGGAACUUCCUGGCGGAAAGAGACUGGGCGCAGCGUGGCGCGUUGCGUUGCUGCCGAAUCACGGGAUUUCCCCAAAAAGGAGUUGUGAUCUACCCCGAGGGCACGCGCUCCCUGCUACCAGAGGGCUUACCGCUGAAGAUGGGCGCCCUGAGUGCAGCGUAUCAGCUCCAAUGGCCCGUGCAGGUGGUCAUUACCAGCAACAAGGAGUGUGUCACUGCUGAGCGGGACUUGGCGGUGAACUUCGGCACGCUCUGCGUCAGCAACGUGUCCAAAGUGGUGGAUCCCAAGAGCUUCGAAAGCCUCGAAGGCUUCUUGGAGGUGGUCAAGGAGAUUUGGCGAAAGACCUGGACAGAGGCCUAUGGCCCUGAGUUUCGCCUGCGCAACGAGGCCUGUUUGCCCGGUGGCAAGCUGGCCAAGCUCCACUUCAGCCUAGCAGGCAGCUGGCGGAUGCAGCUGAUGCGGGUCAUUUUCUUUACCUCGCUGGCCUUGUUGAUCCGAAGACUCUGGCAGCGCCGGUCUGCAGAAGCAUCACCGGAGGUGAAACAUGACAAUGGAAGGUGAGUCAAAUAGGUUUUGAGGGUCAAAGUGCCUGAGAAUUCGAAGGGGGCUCCAGCUCCAAUCUGAAUAGGGAAAGCAUGGGAAAAGCCGUGGAACCCCGGCGCCACCGCUCUGGUAUCGGUUUCAAGCCUUCAACUGGGCUACAAGAGCCCAGUUGUGAGCCAAUGGCACUUAAGGGACUUUCGAGUCGCCUUCCCUGGCAAUGGGAGAUUGGUCAGAAACAGC